AUGGACGCCUCCUCUCCAUACCUCUCCAACGGCGACCCCCCACCCCAAACCGAUGCAAUCGUAGAAAUAGACCUCUUAAUAAUCGGCACCGGCCCAGCCGGCGCUUCCCUCGCCUGCUUUCUCGCCUCCCACGGUCUGCACGGUCUCCUAAUCUCCUCCGCCCCCGGCCCCUCCCCCACGCCCCGCGCACACAUCACGAACCCCGCCGCCCUCGAAUGCCUGCGCGACAUCGGGCUCGAGGACGAGUGCCUAGCUCUCGCAACCAAGGGGGACUGCAUGACGCACACGCGGUGGUGCCGCAGCAUGGCAGGCGAGGAGUUUGCGCGGAUCCACUCCUGGGGCAACGAUCCGGCGCGGGUUGGAGACUAUGCGGCCGCGAGUCCGUGCCGGCAUGUUGAUUUGCCGCAGACGCUGCUGGAGCCGUUGUUACUGCGGUGGGCUGGGGUAAGGGGCUGGAAGUGUCGGUUUGAUACUGAGUUUGUGGGGUUUGAGCGGGAGGAAGGAGCGACCAUUGUGAGUAGGCUGAAGGAUACGGUUACGGGGUUGACGUAUAGGGUGAGAUCCAAGUAUCUGUUUGGGUGCGAUGGCGUGAGAAGUCAGGUUUUGAGGCAGCUCGAGAUUCCGCUUGUUAAGAAACCGGGACAGGGGUUGGCGAUUAAUGUGCUGGUUAAGGUUGAUAUGUCACAUUUGAUGAAGCACCGUGUAGGGAAUCUACACUGGGUUAUGACGCCUGAUGAGGAGACGCCGGACUGGGCUUGGGUGAGUAUUGUGAGGAUGGUCAAGCCGUGGCAUGAGUGGAUGUUCAUUCUGUUUCCCAAACCAGGGACUGGUGUCGAGUUUAGCCCGUCUCCGGAAGAGUACUUAGCAGUCGUUAACAAGAUUAUCGGUGACGAAACAUUACCAGUCGAGAUCCUGGACAUAUCAAGAUGGUACAUCAACGAGAUUGUAGCCGAGUACUAUUCCAAGGAUAACGUCUUCUGUCUCGGGGACGCAGUCCAUCGCCAUCCUCCCAUCAACGGCCUGGGCUCCAACACCUGCAUCCAAGACGCCUACAACCUUGCCUGGAAAAUUGCAUGCACCAUGGCGGGCAAAGCGAGCCCAAGACUCUUAGACACGUAUAGCAAAGAACGCCAGCCAGUCGGCCACAGCGUCAUUACGCGCGCGAACCAAGGGCUCCGAGACCAUGUGCCUGUAUGGGACGCCCUCGGCAUGAUGGACCCGUCCCUCUCAGUCCGCAAGCAGCAGUUCGCGGAGCUGUCCUCAGCUACACCUGAAGGCAGAAAGCGCCGCGCAAGGCUGCAGGCCGCGAUUGAGGUCACCGCACACGAGUUCCACGGUCUCGGCAUCGAGAUGAACCAGCGGUACGAGUCUUCCGCCGUCUAUCUGGCUGAUGAAGGCCCGAGGCUGCCUCUGCCUGCCGAUCCGGUACUGGAGCAUCAGAUCACAACAUAUCCGGGUAGCAGACUACCGCACGCGUGGCUGAACACCAGAAUUCCUGGGAAGCGGAUCUCGACGAUCGACUUAGCUGGCCACGGAGCGUUCUGCCUGUUGACGGGAAUUGGAGGGGGUGCUUGGAAGGAAGCUGCGUUGCGUGUUGGGAGGGUGCUGGAUGUGCGGAUACUCUGCUAUUCGAUAGGGUGGUGCCAGGAUUACGAGGACGUCUACGGCGACUGGGCUCAGAGGAGGGAAGUCGAUGAGACUGGCUGCAUCCUGAUCAGGCCGGACAGAUUUGUGGCUUGGCGGUCCGCUGAUAUCGUUGAGGGAUGCGGAGGAAAACUGCUGCAUGUAAUGAGGAGUGUACUCACACGGUGA